GAGCGCCGGGAGAGGGGCGGGGAGAGGCGCUGACAAAUCAGCUGCGGGGGCGGUGAGCGGAGGAGAAGGAGGAGAAAGAGGAAGAGGAGGAAGACCACGACAACGAGAAGGGGACCCGACAGAGGGGGUGAGAGACCGAGCGCCGCAGCGUGGGGCGAGUGUGGUGUAAAGGAAUUCAUUAGCCAUGGAUGUAUUCAUGAAAGGACUUUCAAAGGCCAAGGAGGGAGUCGUGGCUGCUGCUGAAAAAACCAAACAGGGUGUGGCAGAAGCAGCAGGAAAGACAAAAGAGGGUGUUCUCUAUGUAGGCUCCAAAACCAAGGAAGGAGUGGUUCAUGGUGUGACAACAGUGGCUGAGAAGACCAAAGAGCAAGUGACAAAUGUGGGUGAGGCGGUGGUGACGGGGGUGACAGCAGUAGCACAGAAGACCGUGGAGGGAGCAGGGAGCAUUGCAGCUGCCACUGGCUUUGGCAAAAAGGAUCAGCUGGGCAAGAGUGAAGAAGGAGGCCCACAGGAAGGAAUUCUGGAAGAUAUGCCAGUUGAUCCUGACAAUGAAGCAUAUGAAAUGCCUUCUGAGGAAGGGUAUCAAGACUAUGAACCUGAAGCCUAAGAAAUACUUUUGCUCCCAGUUUCUUGAGACCUACUGACAGAUGUUCCAUCCUGUACAAGUACUCAGUUCCAACAUGCCCAGUCAUGACAUUUUCUCAAAGUUUUUACAGUGUAUUUUAAACUCUUCCAUCAGCAGUAAUUGAAGUUAUCUGUACCUGCCCCUACGCAGCAUUUCAGUGCUUCCCUCUCACUGAAGUGAUUAUAUGGUAGCAGGGUCCUUGUGUGCUGUGUGGAUAUUGUGGCUUCAAAUCUAAAAUGUUAAAUUAAAACACCUAAGUGACUACCACUUAUUUCUAAAUCUUCACUAUUUUUUGUUGCUGUUAUUGAGAAGUUGUGAUUUACUAUCAUAUAUUAUAAGAUUUCUAGGUGUCUUUUAAUGAUUAUUUCUGUUUAAAGAUGUGUUGUGAAAUUUGUUAAUAUAUAUAAUACUUAAAAACAUGUGAGCAUGAAACUAUGCACCUAUAAAUAUUAACUAUGAAAUUUUACUGUUUUGUGAUGUGUUUUAUUAACUUGUGUUUAUAUAUAAGUGGUGAAAAUUAAAAUGUUAUCUCAUUACAAAAAUAUUUUUAAUCCAUCUCACUUUAAUAAUAAAAUCAUGCUUGUACAAUACAAACUGAGAACUGACACAAUUAAAGUUCUUGACAGCCAUUUGAAGGAGAAGGAAUUUUAGAAGAAUUAAACAGAUAAGAUGGAACAUUAACCCUUUACUCUAAAUUCACUGUAAAAACACUACCCAAAGUAUGUUCUGACAUGUAGUGGUAUCUUAAGAGACUAUACAGAAAAAAAUAGGUUCCAUGGAAUAAUAAGAAUUGAUUUUGACUAUGUCUACUUCAAGUAUUGAUAAAACAUAUUAGCUCAUUAAGGCUCAGAGAGAAUCCAGUUAACUUUGUUAACUCAGCAUUUUAUUUAUUUAUUUUUAAAAUCAAAUCCCCCGAUCCACCACCCUUGGAAAUACCUUUAAAAAUUUCUGGGAACUACCAAACCAUUACCUUAAGAAAUGUUAAUUUAAAUGGAUGCAUUCCCAAAAAUAGAUCUUUCAAAACUGAAUCAGGAAG